CGCCUCCGGAAGUGAUGUUUCCGCUCUCGUGGGUUUCGCCGGAUGAGGCGGGGUUUGGGCGAGUUGCUGCGGCAGCGUCGCUUCCUAGCAGUCGGGGCGCCAUGGGGCUGCCCUGGCUGCAGCGCUUCGAGCUCGUGCUCUUUGCCGCCGCCUUCCUUUGCGGGGCCGUGGCGGCCGCGGCGCUGACUCGGACCCAGGGUUCCUUCAGUGGUAGAUGUCCCCUGUACGGUGUGGCUAUCCUGAAUGGCUCCUCCCUGGCCUUAUCCCGUCCCUCGGCCCCAUCCCUCUGCUACUUUGUAGCUGGGGCCUCUGGCCUCUUGGCCCUCUACUGCCUCCUGCUUCUGCUCUUCUGGGUCUACAGCAGCUGCAUCGAGGACUCCCACAGAGGUCCUAUAGGGCUGCGCAUUGCACUGGCCAUCUCAGCAAUAGCCAUCUUCCUGGUCUUGGUGUCUGCCUGUAUCCUUCGAUUUGGCACCAGGUCUUUCUGCAACUCCAUCAUCUCCCUGAACACUACAAUUAGCUGUUCUGAAGCCCAGAAAAUUCCAUGGACACCCCCUGGAACUGCUGUGCAGUUUUACUUCAACCUACACAAUGCUGAAACCUCUUCUUGGGUGAAUUUGAUAUUGUGGUGUGUGGUCUUGGUGCUCCAGGUCGUGCAGUGGAAGUCUGAAGCCACCCCAUGCCGGCCUCUGGAGAGGGGUGACCCUGAGUGGAGUUCUGAGACAAAUGCUCUCAUUGGGCCACGCCCUUCCCAUUUCUGAAGAAUAACCAGAGUGCUUCCUGCAGCCAAACACUCCAUGCCCAAGUGCCUGCAGUCCUCUUGCCCCCACGAAGCCCUGUUUAUGCUGGGAGCCUUAGUUUUCCCUUCAGGAGGGAAAUGUAAUGACAGGCCCCCCUCCACCUCUUCCUACAGCUGUUUUUGUACCAAAAUAUAUUACUAUCUUCAUCUUA